AUGGCUGCGAAAUCAAACCAACCACAAACACUCAUGCUCUGGAUUUUCUUCGUACCGCUAGUUUACGCCGUAACUAGUCCCGCUGAAUUAGGUUCGUACAAGAACCCCCAUCCAAGACCCUACGAAAGAUGCGAAGCCCACGAUUUAAUCAAGUUGUCCGAAUGUUGCAAUGAUGUCCUAGCCAAACUUGACGAUUGCAAGGCUGGCGAUCUUGCUUGUGAAUGCUGUGCUCUACAACACAUGGAUCCACUGUGUUAUUCUUUAUGUCCCGGAAACCCAUCCACCAACUUUCUUUCUGUCCUUUACAACGAUUGUGCCCCGCUUAACGACGUCAAUGCUUGCAACUUACCAUUCAAGAAGGUGGACGGUCAAAAAGCGGUGGGUGGACGUAAACCCGAGGAAGACGAAGAAGAUCCCAAUAAGGUAAGCGUCAAGUCAGUUGUUCUGAACGUGGAAGUGGAGGACGAUAAGGGUAUUCUUCUCUAUAGUGCAGACGCAAUGUAUGACUCGAUGGCUGUGACAAAUGAACAGAGUGACGAAGCUGAUGAGAUGCUAGAGGUGAAAUCCGAGAAGGAAGAGGCCGAGAAGUCGAUUUUUAAAUCCACUAAGCCUAAGGUUGUUUUAGUCAACGCUUCAAAUGCAACAAGUACGUAUUAUUGUGAUAGUGGAAACAUCAUCUCCAUCUACUUUUUACUAACUACCAGGUUCAACCGUGCAUUCAAGCUCACAUAA